GUCUCAGGAGCGCUGGGACUAACAACCUUUCUGGCUGCAGCCGGCCACGAGUUCGUUGUGACAUCGUCCAAAGAUGGCCCAGAUUCGGUCUUCGAAAGAGAGCUUCCUGAUGCUGACGUGGUAAUCUCACAGCCCUUCUGGCCUGCGUACAUGAGCGCCGAGCGCUUUGAGAAGGCCAAGAAGUUGAAGCUCUGUAUCACCGCCGGCAUCGGCUCCGACCACGUUGACUUGCAGGCAGCUUGCAACCAUGGCGUCACCGUGGCAGAGGUCACCUUCUGCAACUCCAUCUCCGUCGCAGAGCAUGUGGUGAUGCUCAUCCUGAACCUCGUCCGCAACUUUGUGCCUUCGCACGACAUCGCCGAGGCUGGAGGCUGGCACAUUGCGGACUGCGUCGCGAAAGCCUACGACGUGGAAG